ACAACCACAGCAUCUCAACUUGACCUGACGGUAUUAACACCCACAUAGACUAAUAACCACUUGUAUACCCGAGAAUACACAGGCGACACCACAAUCAUGUCUUGGACCGGGUUCAAGAAAGGCGUCAAUCGCGCCACGACGCAGGUUUUGAUGAAGACGGGCCAGGUUGAGCGCACAAAUGACCGCGACUUUGAAACCGAGCAACGCCGCUACCGCACCAUGGAGACGGCCGCCAACAAGCUCCAGAAAGAAGCCAAGGGCUAUCUUGACUCUUUGCGCGCCAUGACUGCCUCGCAAAUGCGCAUAGCCGAAACCAUCGACGCCUUCUACGGAGACGCCGGCACAAAAGAUGGCGUCUCCCGCUCAUACAAGCAAGCCGUGACGGACCUGGACGCCGAAACAAUCAAAGCCCUCGAUGGUCCUUACCGCACAACCGUCCUUGACCCUAUCCAGCGCUUCUGCUCCUACUUCCCCGACAUCAACGCCUGCAUCACAAAGCGCGAACACAAGCAAAUGGACUAUGACCGCAUGCGCGCUCAGGUCCGCAAGCUCACGGAUAAGCCCGACAAGGACGUUACCAAGUUGCCGCGCGCGGAGAAAGACGAGCAGCUGGCAAAGGCUGCUUACGAUCAGCUAAACGAUACACUUACGACUGAGCUGCCGCAGUUGAUUGACUUGAGGGUUCCGUACCUGGACCCUAGUUUCGAGGCGCUGGUCAAGAUCCAGCUGAGGUUCUGUGCAGAGGCGUACUCGCGGAUGGCGCAAGUGCAGCAAUAUCUCGAUGCGAAUACGAGAGACCAGUAUGCACAGGGUGAGUUGGAUGCGCGGGUGGAGGAGGUGCUACAGGAGAUCAGGGAUCUGAGUAUUGCGGGGACUGUCUAGUAUGACCCAGGUGUUAGAUUAGGAGGGUUGACCGGCUUGAAGGGUUUAACGUGGAUUUUUGUGAAUCGUCUUUGCGGCAUAUUACUUCUGGGUCUGAUUUCUCUGGGAAUAGAGGACUGGGUGGGGAUACGAGAGGGGUUGAGGGGAUGUACUGAAGACUCACAAUGUACAUCUUGAUGUGUCAUGAAGCAUUCGAGUCUUCGUGUUGAUGUGAUUCUUGCUGUCUUUAUAUACGCACUAUUCCAA